AUGAAGACGUUCGAUUUGGCCAUGCAGAAGUCCGGAGAGUACGCGUGCACGGGCAACCUCAUGUGGCUAAGCAUGACUUGGAAUCCAUGGCCAGAGGUCCAUGUUUCCUCCUACGGCGUGGACGUUCUAAAACGAGACUUCUGGAGCUCCCCCAGGACGUGGCCGUAUCAGCUGCCGGUCGUUGUGGGCGUGCUUCCGGGUACCACAGGGGCAAAGGUAAAAGCUGGGUUCGGUGGCCUGCAUCGAGUCAGCCCUCCGGAGCUCAUCAUGGCCCUCAUGUCACAGGUCGCGCAUGAGAUCCGCGAAGGUGCGGCCGACGAGCGGGUGGAACAGUGGCGUGAGACAAUGCUCCACGCAUCUUUCGUCUUCCAGGUCUGCCAGGACGAGGAUGAGCUGAAGUGGUAUUCGCUGAAUGCUCGGGAGGAGUAUGUCUCCGCUGCAGAAGCCUUCUGCAGAUCGGCCCUUCAGCGGAUUCUGGAGUUGGCUAACCUCAGGGCGUGGUCGAAGCGCUUCAAGAAGAGUUCAUCCAAGAUGAGCGAAGAGGUGAGCGUGACGUUUGUCAAGACCGGCCUGCGACUCCAUGACAACUUCCUAGCUGGCUCCGGUGUCCGUGAUGCGAUCGUCUCCUUGGAGUCCAAGUACGGCACGGCCUCCCCAUUCCACAACCUGGGCAGCCUAGAGGCGCUUUCCAAGACCGCGAGCAAGGAUCCGAAGCUGGCUUGCUUCGUGGUUGCCGCUGUGCAAGACCUGCAUCAGCACGGCUUCAUGGAUGUGGCCCAGAUGAAGGGUGGUGGUUUCGCAGGCUCGAAGACGAGCCUGAUCGAGUGCCUGGCGGCCAAGGCACGGAUCAUGGAGUACUUCAUGCAUGAGUGGAUGCCGAAGAACGGGUUCGACCCCACGGCCGUCGGCAUUUGCAAGGCGAGUGUGGCUGGCAGGGACUUGUGCAGCAGCGUGUGGGUCUGGCGUUCGAAGUGUGGUGGGGGCUCUGCUCGUGUGGACACGAGCUGGCAGGGUGUCCUUCCGCCGGCGACCCUGAAAGCCAUCCUGUUUCUGGAAGCCGUCGUGUUCUCCACUUCGCUGGAUGCCCAGUUGAAGAAUAGUCUUCGCAGCGCAAGCUUGGCCGUGGAACUUUGUGGCCAGAAGCCCUUCGACGACAUGCUGAAGGAAGUGGCAGAAGUGCUGGGGACCGUCAGCCACGUGCAGGAGACCCCGGGCAAUGAGAAAGACACGGCGGCACCCGCAAGCAGCACGGAUGGCCUCAGUGCUGAGUCUCUGGGCGUUCCGGCGACUGUGGCGACGGAGAAGGCAGAUGAGAUUGACGCCUGGAUGGCGACCUGCCGACAGCAGGCUGACAGAUACGUGAGAACGUUCGAGGAGCCGGCCACGGUCAACAUCCUCCAGGAGAUCCUGGAGCGCUCUACCUGGGGCUCGUAUGGUGGGGGAAAGCUUGCAGUAUGGUACGACCUGAAAACGGCGGGUGAAAGCUCGACGCAGCCUCACCUGAGGCGCCCGUCCUUCAACCCGGACAGACUCCAGAAGACCAUCAAAGCAGCUCUCGCAGCACGCAAGCUGGCGGGGCCCAACGCCGACGUCCUGGUCUUGUGCUUCGACGGGGGUAGAGACCACAACUUGAAGCUGUUCAACUGCAUGAUCUGCCCUGACGGCAGCCAUUGGCCGGAGCGCGAGCGCCAGCAGCUGACCGUGACCUACUCGGAGGAGAGCGUGCUUGCUCGCAAAGCGACGCAGCGCGGCUUCAUUCAGCUUGCGGAAGGGCUCCACGUGUUCGGCUCGAAGAUCAGCGUUGAGAAGCGGAAUGGCAGGCACUUCCAGCGCAGCACCAUCAGCUCCGUGAUAGGCCCCGGCGAGUUGCCGCAGUGGAAAGACUUGUGGCGCGAGACGAGCGACACAAAAAAGGCCAUUUACGGCCACUCCGGGAAAAUUCUAGCUUCCGGACCCUCCCCCGAUCCUAAGAUGGAGAAACCAAGCUUUGGAGACGAGCGCGAGCCAGUUCACUGGCACAGCAUGCCGACGACGGUGGUGGAGGAGGUCUUGCACACGUUCCAGAUCGGCGUCCUCCUGGACGCGAGCAUGGCUGACGAGUCAGUGGGAUUGGCGUGUCUCCGAAUGAAAGUUUCCUACCUUGGGAUGGCGUGGACGGCAAAGCACGCCGAGCUGUUGAGCAACAGGCUCAAGCAGCGCCUUUGGGCCGAGUUCAAAGACCAGAAGAGCCCCCUGCACCAGCCCAUGUUGUGCCCAAGCUGCAUCACUUGA